AUGAUCUCUUAAGCUGCCCUACACAGUUUAGAGAACAAGUUCAGUUCUCUGAUGUCCACAAACUCAGAUUGAUUAAGCACUGCUUCUCCUGUGUUUGGCGGUUCUGGGAGCCACAGAAACAAUGCUGCCAAAAUUUCACAAGUGGUUGCCUCUUCUAUUUUUCUUCUUUUCAACUUGUACUGCAAUUUUUGCUACACGUGAAAACUGCUGUAUCUUGGAUGAACGAUUCGGAAACUUUUGUCCUACAACAUGCGGCAUUGCAGAUUUCGCAACCAGUUAUCAUUCAGUUGUUGAUGGAGAUCUUCGGAUCCUUGAACAAUUGUUGCAGGACAUUUCUAAUUCUUCAGGUGUCACUGACAAUUUGAUACGCCAGAUCCGACAAGUGCAUGUCCAGCCAGCAACUCAAACAAGUGUGGUUCCAGGUUAUACACAGAAGUCCAGACAAAUCAUUGAUGAAAUUAUCAGAUAUGAAAACAUCAUUGUCGGCCAUGAAAAUACUAUACAGCAAUUGACAGACAUGCUGAUAUUAAACAAUAACAAGAUUCAGUUAUUAAAGCAGAAAACUGCUCAGCUCGAGGCACAAUGUCAACAGCCAUGUAGAGACACUGUCCAGAUACAAGAAUUAACUGGAAGAGCUUGAUGGCAGUGAAGACUUUCACAAAACCUGGAAUCAGUAUAAGGAAGGAUUUGGACAUCUGUCACCCAAUGACAAUACAGAAUUCUGGUUGGGAAAUGAAAAGAUUCAUUUAAUAACUACUCAGACUACAGUCCCCUAUGCCUUGAGAAUAGAGCUGGAGGAUUGGAGUAACCAAAAAAGCUAUGCCGAUUAUGCCCAUUUCAAAUUGGGAAAUGAAGCUGACAAAUACCGUUUGAUCUAUGCCUACUUCGCUGGGGGUGAAGCUGGGGAUGCCUUUGAUGGGUUUGAUUUUGGAGACGAUCCCAGCGACAAGUUUUUUACUUCUCACAACGGCAUACAGUUUAGCACGCCUGACAGCGAUAAUGAUAAAUAUGAAGGCAACUGUGCUGAACAAGAUGGAUCUGGGUGGUGGAUGAACAAGUGUCAUGCCGCCCAUCUGAAUGGCAAAUAUUAUUCAGGAGGCACUUAUACCGAGAAAGACGCAGGUCCAACUGGCUAUGACAAUGGCAUUAUCUGGGCAACUUGGCGUGAUCGGUGGUACUCCUUAAAGAAAACAGUUAUGAAAGUCAUUCCUUUCACCAGACUCGCAAUUGUAACAGGGCAACAAAGUGGAGGAGUGAAAGAUGUUGAUUUUGGAAGCCGUGGAGACAUUUAGAAAGACAACUGCCUUUGUAAAGGCAACGAUGAACACCAAUGCUAUCGAAUUUUGAGCAUAUUGUUUACAAUAAAACGGCACAUUCAUGACAAGAAGUGUAUUUUUUUUAAGAAAAAAAAAUCAUCUUAAGUUUUCUAAUAAACAUACAUGAUUACUGAUCAUA